UCGCCCGCCAGCCAGCCCGCUAGCCAGCCAGCUAGCGGGAGUGUGCGGCUUCCGCCGGGUCCCGCCGUCAGGCCUCCCGGGACAGGACCGCUGGCCGCUGCCGCUGAGGGAAAGUUGUGGGGACCUGUCGGCGCAAGGAACCGCCAGGAUGAAGCUGGUGAGGAAGGACCUGGAAAAGGACAAUGCGGGGCAGGUGACGCUGAUCCCCGAGGAGCCCGAGGACAUGUGGCACACCUACAAUCUGCUGCAGGUGGGUGACAGCCUGCGGGCCUCCACCAUUCGGAAAGUGCAGACCGAGUCAUCCACGGGCAGCGUGGGCAGCAACCGCAUCCGCACCACCCUUACCCUCUGUGUGGAGGCCAUCGACUUUGACUCGCAGGCUUGCCAGCUGCGGGUCAAGGGCACUAACAUCCAAGAGAAUGAGUAUGUCAAGAUGGGGGCCUACCACACCAUCGAGCUGGAGCCCAACCGGCAGUUCACUUUGGCAAAGAAGCAGUGGGACAGUGUGGUGCUGGAGCGCAUCGAGCAGGCCUGCGACCCAGCGUGGAGCGCUGAUGUGGCAGCUGUGGUCAUGCAGGAGGGGUUGGCUAACGUCUGCCUGGUCACUCCAAGCAUGACGCUUGCCCGUGCCAAGGUGGAGGUGAACAUCCCUCGCAAGCGGAAAGGGAACUGCAGUCAGCACGACCGAGCCCUGGAGAGGUUUUACGAGCAGGUGAUGCAAGCCAUCCAGCGGCAUAUCAACUUUGAGGUGGUGAAGUGUGUACUGGUGGCUAGCCCAGGCUUCGUGCGGGAGCAGUUUUGUGACUACAUGUUCCAGCAGGCAGUCAAGACUGACAACAAGCUUCUGCUGGAGAACAGAUCCAAGUUCUUACAGGUCCAUUCUUCUUCAGGACACAAAUAUGCACUGAAGGAAGCCCUCUGCGACCCAGCUGUAACUAGCCGUCUGUCUGACACUAAGGCAGCUGCUCUCUUUCACCUCGUUGGCUCUUCCAAUGUUGAUGUGAAAAAUGCAAUGACCUUCAGUGGGCCUCUGGAAGACAUGUUUGGGUACACCGUCCAACAGUAUGAAAAUGAGGAAGGGAAAUGGGUACUUAUUGGUUCACCGUUAGUUGGCCAGCCUGAAAAAAGAACAGGAGAUGUAUACAAAUGCCCUGUAGGAACGGACAGCCAAUCACCCUGCACAAAACUAAACUUACCAGCUGCUACUUCAGUUCCUAACGUUGUGGAAGUAAAAGAAAACAUGACACUUGGAACAACCUUAGUGACUAACCCAAGAGGAGGCUUUCUGGCAUGUGGACCACUUUAUGCUUACAAAUGUGGGCGUCUGCAUUACACAACUGGAGUUUGCUCUAAUGUCAGUUCAACUUUUGAAACCAUAAAGGCAAUUGCUCCAUCUGUGCAAGAGUGUAAAAACCAGUUGGACAUUGUCAUCGUCCUUGAUGGAUCCAAUAGCAUUUAUCCAUGGGAAAGUGUCACAGCCUUCCUCAACAGCCUCCUGAAAAACAUGGAUAUAGGUCCUCAGCAAACACAGGUUGGAGUUGUUCAGUACGGACAGACUGUAGUCCAUGAAUUUUUCCUGAAUACAUACUCGUCAACAGAAGAUGUGAUGGCUGCAGCCACAAGAAUACGUCAGCGAGGUGGUACACAAACUAUGACAGCCCUGGGGAUAGAUACAGCAAGAAAAGAGGCUUUUACUGAGGCUCAUGGCGCAAGAAGAGGAGUACAAAAAGUAAUGGUUAUUGUGACUGAUGGGGAAUCACACGACAACUACAGAUUAAAAGAAGUGAUUGAUGAUUGUGAAGAUGAAAACAUUCAGAGAUUUGCUAUUGCUAUUCUGGGCAGCUACAGCAGAGGAAAUUUAAGUACUGAGAAAUUUGUAGAGGAAAUAAAGUCAAUUGCCAGUAAGCCUACAGAAAAGCAUUUCUUCAAUGUUUCAGAUGAAUUAGCUCUUGUAACUAUUGUUGAAGCACUUGGAGAGAGAAUAUUUGCCCUAGAAGCAACAACAGACCAGCAAGCCUCCUCUUUUGAAAUGGAGAUGUCUCAGGCUGGUUUCAGUGCUCAUUACUCUCAGGAUUGGAUCAUGCUUGGAGCAGUUGGAGCAUAUGACUGGAAUGGCACAGUGAUCAUGGUGAAGGACAGUGAUAUUUCAAUGCCAACUAAUGGCACUUUUCGUGACAGGCAUUCAGAAAAAAAUGAACCCCUUGCAGCCUAUCUAGGAUAUACUGUGAAUUCAGCACUGACACCUGGAGGCGUGCUGUACAUAGCAGGACAGCCACGAUACAAUCACACUGGCCAAGUUAUCAUUUAUAAAAUGGAAGGAAGAGAGGUACAAGUACUUCAGAGGUUAAAUGGAGAACAGAUUGGAUCAUACUUUGGGGGUGUUCUUACCACAGUUGACAUCAAUAGAGACUCAUUUACAGACCUUCUUCUUGUUGGAGCGCCUAUGUAUAUGGGAACUGAGAAAGAGGAGCAAGGGAAAGUAUAUAUUUAUAGUCUGAACAAGACAAAGUUUGAAUACCAGAUGAGUCUUGAACCUGUAAAGCAAACAUGCUGUUCGCCACUAAAACAGGACACCUGCAAAGUCCUCAAGAAUGAGCCUUGUGGUGCGCGCUUCGGGACUGCAAUUGCUGCAGUGAAGGAUCUCAAUCUUGAUGGAUAUAAUGACAUUGUAAUAGGCUCUCCGUUAGAGGAUGAUCAUCGGGGAGCUGUUUAUAUUUAUCAUGGCAGUGGCAACACAAUCAGUAAAAAAUAUUCGCAGCGUAUUGCAUCAGGUGGAGAUGGGGAAAAAGUUAAAUUUUUCGGCCAGUCUGUGCAUGGAGAAAUGGAUUUAAAUGAUGAUGGACUGAUUGAUGUUACCAUUGGAGGCCUUGGUGGGGCUGCCCUCUUCUGGUCUCGUGAUGUGGCUGAAGUAAAUGUUUCCAUGCAAUUUACACCCAAAAGCAUCAAUAUUCAACAACAAAAUUGUCAGAUAAAUAAAAGAAAAACAAUAUGCAUAAAUGCUACAAUUUGUUUUAAGACCAGACUAAAGUCAAAGGAAUAUACAUUUGAAUCCAGUCUGCAGUAUUGGAUUACUCUUGACUCACAAAGACAAAUUUCUCGAAGCUUGUUCACAGAAAGCCAUGAGAGGAAAAUGCAAAAAAAUAUAACUAUCAAAGGGUCAGAAUGUAUUAAACAUAACUUCUACAUGUUGGAUAAGCCUGACUUUCAGGACUCUGUAAAGGUUUUGCUGGAGUUCAAUUUUUCUGAUCCAGAGAGUGGACCUGUUCUCGAUAGCAACCUGCCAAGCUCAAUAUCUGAAUAUAUUCCCUUCACAAAAGAUUGUGGAGCCAAAAAUAAAUGCAUUUCAGAUCUUGUUCUGAAUGUAAAAGCAAGCAUAGCUGGAGACAGCUCUUCUCCAUUCAUUGUAAAGUCACGCAAUGAUAAGUUCACCAUCCAGCUCUCUGUGAAGAACAAAAAAGACAGUGCCUAUAAUACCAGAGUUUUGGUUCAGUAUUCUCCAAAUAUUAUUUUUGCUGGCAUUGAGGAUAUACAGAAAGAUAGCUGUGAAUCUAAUCACAACAUCACCUGUAAAGUGGGAUAUCCAUUUCUAAAAACUGCAGAAGAGAUUUCUUUCAAAAUAUCGUUCCAAUUCAAUGCAUCGUAUCUCCUGGAAAAUGCUACCAUUCAUGUAUACGCAACAAGUGACAGUGAAGAACCACCUGAGACCUUGAGUGACAACAGAGGACACAUAACAAUUCCUAUAAAAUACGAAGUAGGAUUAAUAUUUGUAAGUGUUUUCAAAGAGCACCAUGUUAUAAUUGCAGCAAAUGAUACUGUCCCUACUGCCAUUAACACAACAGAGCAGAUUGGAGAUGAAGUUACCCUACAUUAUAGGGUUGAAAAAGGUGAACAUUUUCCAAUGCCAAACCUCACACUGCAGAUCUUAUUUCCCAAUGUAACUGCAGCCAAGAACACUCUUCUCUACCUUACUGCAUUGUCACAUUCCCAAAAUACCAUCUGCCAAGCUAGUUACCCUGUAGAUCCCUUAAGGAUCAGCACUGGGAAAUCAUUUGUGGUUCCAAAAAUAAAAGAACCUACAAAGGAUACAAUUAUGGACUGUGAUACAUACAGCUGUGCAUCUAUUAAUUGUGCCCUGGUCCCAUCUGACUUAUAUCAAGUGAACAUUUCAUUAAGGGUUUGGAAACCUACCAUCAUAAAAGCCAGUAUUCACAGCUUAACCCUUGUUGUGAAAGCGUUACUUAGGAGUGAGAACUCGUCACUGAUUCUGAGAAAUGACCAUCAAAAACUAGAGACCAUGAUUAAGAUUUCCAAAGAGCUUCCACCAGGUACAGUCCCCUUAUGGGUUAUCCUUCUGAGUAUCUUCGCUGGACUCCUGAUUCUUGCACUGCUUAUAUUUGCUUUGUGGAAGGCUGGAUUUUUCAAGAGACCACUAAAGAAGAAAAUGGAGAAAUGAAUUAAAAGCAAAAAAAAAGCAGAAAUUUUUGCUCAGGUCUGCCUCUAAAAUGUUACUGUAAAAUUAUAAACUUAGAUGCAGUGGUCAAAAUUUUCUAAACUCUAUAAACAAGAAGCAGAACAAGAAGCAAAUCAAGCACACGUGCAAAGGAAUGAUGCAAAGAAAGAAUAAACACACUUAUGGCAUUCUGUGAUACUCAAGGACAUGCUAUAAGUAUUACUCAUUUUUGGAGAGUAACUGAGUUCAAAGAUUCUAACAUUUUUUAAUAUGAAAAAUGCAUAAUCAUAUUUUUAUAUACAAAUGUAUAUAGAACAAUUUUUCACUCCAAAUUAUGCAAAAGUCAGCUUUUAUGUAGCAAUCCCAAUCUUUUUUAUCAACUUAUAAUUUUCAAAAGGAAAAAGCAUCAUUUUCCAAAUUUCCUCCUUAUCAGUUCUGUGAAAGCAAACUGCUAGUUCACAAAGCCAAACAUACCAACUUCGAGAAUGCACCAAAUACUGUAUCGUAACUGAUGUAAUAACAACUGAGAAGAUAGAAGCACAUGCAGAAUUUUGGGUGAAAAUUACUGAAGUACCUUGGCUUUCUUUUUCUGCUUGUUUUAGUGUGUCCAGCUGAACCCAGGAUACUUCAAAAAAGAGAUUUUUGUGGUCAAGUGGACCAUAAAGGAUUGAUCCAUUAAACUGUGUAACUGUUUGAACUUGAAAGAGAUUUUUGGCAGGCCUAAAAAUGUAUGCACAAAACCUAUCUUAUUGCACACUGUACUCAAAUAAGCAGGGCACAAUUGUAUCUGCAAAUUGAAAUAUCCAUAUUUAUGCAGAAAAUGUUUAGAGGUACCCUGAAAGUUUAACUCUUGCUGUAUAUCUUGGAGUAGCCAGGAGGGUGCUUCAUAAACUGUCACUGUAAAUUUAGCAUGUAUCUAUUUAAUCCAAUGAGUUUAACGUGUACAAAAUUAUAAUUAACAAAAGAACACAGAUAGGAAAUUCAGCACUGGCAAGCUUCUAGUAAAUUAAGUCGCACCUCAUCUUUGUUACUUACGAGUUUAAGAAGUAGUGAAGAAUUUGCAUACUAAAUAAGCACUUAACAAAUUAUGUUUAUUUUUUGUCAAAGAUUAAAAGUUUAUAUGAGACCACACUGAAAUGUAGAUAGCAAAAGAUUUAAGAAAUGUUUUCUUUCUAGUUACACUAUUCUGUUUUUAACUUUCUUUCACAUACUUGUCUUCCUUCUAUGAAGAUCUCUCACCAGGGCUCUAUACCUUGUCCUUAAGAGCUUCCUAUAUUACUUACAGCCACACAAAAUUUACAGAAGAAAAUAGAAGCAUGCUGGCAAAGUGCAGUUUUGCCUUAGCAUGAGAUGGCUUGCUAUUGAUUGCCAAUAGGUCAGAAAAUGUUGAGGAGACAUCCUGAGUUUUAUAAGACAUACUGGUUUGUAGAAGAGUUUUGCCUUGCCAAGGAAGCCAGGAAAAAAUGUUCCUUCUCUUGAUACAAAUGUCAUUGAAGUGAAACCAAAAUCAUUGUAGGUUUCCAAAAGGUUUUAAUCCAGCGCUGACUUUAUAGCUUAAAAAGCAGUAAUAUAUUUUAUAAAGAGUUUUGUUU